AUGACGUCACGACCUACACCCGGGGACGAGCAGGCUGUUCCGACCAAGAGUGAGAUCGAACAACGGGACGAGAAACUAGUCCAGUUCUUGUCCAUGGCGGGCCCCGAUUCUGAGAUCGAUCCGGAGGUUGCGAUGGAGAUCCUGGCUGCCAACAACUGGGACGUGGCGAAGGCGUGGGAGCAGCUCAGGGGUCCUGAUCAGGCGAUGGAGCCAGAGACGCCUGAGAGGCUGCCAGGAAUAAACCCAGAUGAUCAGCGGCAAGCAUGGGAGGAGCAGAUGAGUCUAGACUAUGCUAGAAGGAUGCAGGCACAUGAAUAUGGUCCACUGCCGAUAUCCCCGACGGCUAACACAGUGGGUGGUGAACGACUGAUAGCCUCCCCUAUGGAAGAGUUCGCACAACAACAGCACUGGACAAGCCCAAUGCAACGACAGGAGGACGAGGCACUGAGACGAGCUAUUGAGGAUUCAAAAAAGACGGCGAGUGCUAGAGGUGACGCCUCAGGGUCGACUAGUGAAGCAGCUGGUACUCUCGAUGAUAGCGCCGAUAUGGACGUCGAGGUGGUGCAGUCCCAGGAGGCGGCUUACAAUAGAGCCAGAAGCAAUGAGUUUUUGACGGGACCAUCACCGAGUGUACUGUCAUCGCAGAGCCAGAUGUCGGAGGCUGAACGGCUCGAGCGAGAGACUCAACGGUUGAGAGCUAUGGUGGACCGCGAGACUCGUGAAGUUCAGGAUCAGGAAUAUUUGGAAAGUUUGAAGGCGGAUCGUGAGCGAGAGGCGGAAAAGCAAAAGAGGGAGGAGGAGAUAUCAGAUGCAGCGGCUAAGUAUGUGAUAUUGAAGUCCUCCAUGAAGAGGAAACGGGAGAGUCUACCACCAGAGCCUGAGAAGGGUACGCCCGGGCGAGUGGAAGUAGCGGCUAGGUUAUUCAAUGGCAAGCGAGUACAAAGAGCAUUCCUGGACAGCGAGCCCGUAUCUGAUCUCUAUGACUGGAUGGACUCGGAGCUCUUCAAUGAUCAUGAUCGGGCAGCAGCAGCUACGGCGGAGGAUGGCGUUCAGGACUUCACUGAGGCUGAUCUUAACUAUCGGUUGGUCUCAAGAAUGCCGCGGCGAGUAUUUGAGAGGGAAGAUAGGAGUAUGAAAGACGCUGGGAUCGAGAACCAGAUUUUCAUAGAACAGCUGCGUCACACCGUGUACUCGAAGGAUUGCUCGUUCGCAGCCUGCAAACCCAACCUGAAAACUGACGGGAUAUUUGAAGUCUGUUUUGGGUUCAACCGUCAAUGCGAGUCCAAAUAUCAGAUCUGGGAGACUAUCUAA